AUGCUUUCUUUUUUUACCCUCAACAAACCAGGCAAAGAUGGUACAGAUCCGAAAGAAAAGGACUGGGACGCUGAAAUGACCCGUAUAAAGGAGAAAGAGUGGUUCGCGAAUCACCCACAGUACAGUGAUAUCCAACAUGUGUGUGGCAUUGAUCGACUAAUGGCCACCAUGAUAUCUUUACUGGCCGAAAAAAUGGUCACGGAGGUUCCCAAUCUGGUCCGUGAAAUGAAAGCCCUAAAAGAAGAGGUGGAUGAAACGCUGAAAGAACUUGAGGACAGCGAAGUCCCUGAGUCGGACGAGGGAAAAGGGGCGGUUGCGAUGAAGCUAAAGCAAAACCUCAUCACAGAGUUGGAGAAACUUCUCUUUAACAAUACUUCCGACAUGGAAGGAGGCGAAAACGUGAGACAGCUGUUUAAUUCAUUCUGUGAGGCCGUUUACCAGGUUGAUCCUCUGGCUAUGCGCAAUGAUGACGACAUAAGAACAGAACAAAGGAGGUUGGAGGGUGUGGCCGCCCCGCUAGGAGAGGGCAGUGAAAACAGUCAGCUACUGCAGAAGCUGCUCUACGAGAAUUACACAGGAUAUCACCAGAAAGACCGUAAACCAGUCUCCAUGGCCAGCCCUAUUGAUCAACUGUUUCCCAUAUCAAAGAAGCUGGUUGAAAAUGUCCAGGAAACUCUACGGAACAUCGUUCAAAAGACCAUCCAGCGCUGCCUGUCCAAGUUUCCCACCCUCAAAACAGCAGUCGAAGCGAAAGUUGUGAACAAAAUCUUUGAAACCAAACGCGACCAGACCAUUCAGUUCAUCCGACAGUUUCUGGAAAUGCAGAAGAAAAGCAUUGACGUGGUGUUUGCACCAAUCCCCACGCCAGACGAAAUAGAUCAGUGGAAAUCGCAGAAGUUGACUACGAGGGAAGGCCUUAGCAAGACUCAUCCAUGCAUGACAUCGAAAACAAUGAAUCACAUGGAGCACCUCGCGGAAAAACUCUACCCUCGGCAUCUGGUAACCGAGAUUGAAGGUCACGGCAGCAGUUCCGCACAUACUGCGUUUGUAAACCACAAGGUGAGCAUAUAACAUGGGCGUAUGGGAAGGUUCCA